AAAAAAAAAAAAAAAGAAAAAACUGUAUUUCGAGUGUUUUCUCUGAUAGAGACUGUUCGCGCGAUUAAUGAAACGUAUCAGAUUAAAACGUGUCGGUGUUAUAUUGUUAAGUAAAUCACAGUAAAAUUAACUGUUGAGAAAAACGAUAUGUUUGAAUGAAGAUUUAUCGCGUUGUGUGUAGUGUACAAUUUGAAUAUUAAUCGAAAGUUUUGGAGUGUUGAAUUCAACUCAAUUUUUAUUCAGGCUUGUACCGUCUCGAUCCAAUUGUGAAACAGAAAUGAAAACGGUGAAAUUGCAUUUAGUGUGUGCGUUUAUUAGUGCGAUUAUUAGAAAAAUGUGUCCAAUUCAGUGCACAAAGUCUUUCCCGUGUUGAUUUCAUCGAGUGGAAUCCCAUUUGCCUUUGAACAGACGCGGCAAACGGUGAUUGAAAAAUGACGAGAGAACGCUCCUAAAAUUUUUAAUAUUUUCGACAAAGAAAAAGGAUUGCAUAAUACAAUCAAAAACAACAACAGCGGAGUGAAAAUGCAAUGAGGAGUUUUUUUUUUUUUUAAUAAAUUAGAGUUUGUGCACAAAUUGUGCGUUCGAGAUGCAUGACAACAAGAGUCGUCGUAAUAAUACCGACUAAUUAUCUCGACAAUUAAUUUGAGAAAGCCUUUUAAUUAUCAAUUGUUUUUACAACAAACGAAGAUAUAAAAGCAAGAUGCCAAAAGACGUUUCGAACUGAAGUUGCUUCGCUAUUGUCUUGAGAUAAUCCGAGAACUCGCAGAAAGACGAAGAGAGACUAAUUAAAGUCAUAAUUUACGUGAAUGAGAAACCAACCGAGAUGGCGGAAACUCGACGACGACGACGUCGCGGCAAUUAAUAAUCCCGGAAACGUAAAUGAGAGACGAUCGUACGCUGGACGCGGAGGUGAUCCAUAGAUCGUCGUGGUCGGGCGUGUGAUCGGUUGCAGUGGCGCAGGCGGGAGAAGAGGAAGGUGACAAAAAUGGAACUUUUCCUGAUCCUCGUCUGUCUGAUCGCGCCGCCCGCCCUCUCGCUCUCAAUCAAGAGCAAAACCAACUCACGGAUCGUUCAGACGCGCUACGGCGCGGUCCAGGGUAUCACGCGAUCCUUCGAGUACGCCAAGUUCCUGAAACCGAUCGACGUUUACCUCGGAAUACCUUACGCCACACCGCCGGUCGGCAGCAGCCGAUUCUCACCGACGAGGGCGCCGAGUCCUUGGGAGGGAAUCAGAUUAUCGGACUCGGUGGGUCCAGUCUGCCCCCAAAAGCUGCCGGACAUUGCAAACGAGCAGGAAGCGCUCGAGCGAAUGCCUAAGGGAAGACUGGAGUACCUGAAGAGACUGCUGCCUCAUCUGCGUAACCAGAGCGAGGAUUGCCUCUACCUCAACAUCUACGCACCUGCCAUGGGCACGACAGAGAGCGGCAGGAAACAUCCGGUGUUACUGUAUAUUCACGGAGAGAGCUACGACUGGGGUAGCGGAAAUCCCUACGACGGCAGCGUCCUAGCUAGCUACACCGACCAAGUGAUCGUCACCAUGAACUACCGGUUGGGCGUACUUGGCUUCCUGAACGCCAACGUGGCGCCACAAACCAAAGCGAGGGUUGCAAAUUAUGGCCUCAUGGACCAAAUCGCCGCUCUGCACUGGGUACAGCAACACAUAGCUCUUUUCGGAGGUGAUCCCAACAACGUCACGCUGAUGGGCCAGGGCACCGGAGCCGCAUGUGUGCAUUUUCUUGCCAUCAGUCCUACUGUUAUUCGGGGAUUGUUCAAGCGAGCCAUUCUGCUGUCGGGCAGCGCCCUUUCGUCGUGGGCGGUGGUGGAGGAUCCCGUAUCGUACGCUCUAAAAUUGGCCAAAGCCGUCAACUGCUCCAUCCCCGAUGAUCUUCUCAAAGACAACGAGCUUAUAGUCGAUUGUCUGAGAGAAAGCAGUCUGGAAGAGCUGAUGCAAGUUGACAUUCAACCGCCUACGUUUCUCAGCGCAUUUGGUCCGAGUGUCGACGGCGUCGUCAUCAAACCUGAUUUUCAGAAAGAUCUCCUGUCCUAUCUCGGUCCGGAGUUUCAGGGAUUCGGGCCUCUUUCGAAAAAAGCUGAACACGGCGCACCGAUCACAAGUAACAACAAGUACGAUUUGUUGUUCGGCGUGACAACGAGCGAAGCUUUGUGGAAGUUUGCGGAGAAGGAUGUCUUGCAAGGAUUCGAAGGGGAAAGAAGAGAUAGGAUUAUUCGCACAUACGUGAGAAACGCCUACGUCUAUCAUCUCACCGAGAUAUUUUACACGGUGGUAAAUGAAUACACCGACUGGGAACGAACGGUGCAACAUCCCGUCAACACAAAAGAUGCAUGCGUUCAGGCAUUGAGCGAUGCGCAGUUCGUGGCGCCGCUCGUGCAGACCGGGGAUCUCUUUACCCUGCGACACACCAAAAAGCCCAACAAUCCCCAUAUCGCGCCGAUUCCCGACAGCGAGAAGGAACCGAUGCCCAAGACCUAUUUCUACGUGUUCGACUAUCAGAUGAAGGACGGCGAUUAUCCCCAGAAGAUGGGUUCGGUGCAUGGCGAAGAACUUCCAUUCGUCUUCGGAGCGCCUUUAUGGGUGGAGGGAUUUGGCCAUUUUCCGAAAAACUAUACGAGACUGGAAAUGGCGCUCUCCGAGAGUAUCAUGCAAUAUUUUGCGAACUUCGUGAAAACCGGAAAUCCCAACAUUAUCGACCAUCACGGGAGGAACGACACCCUUUUGCCGGCCAGUAGGGAGAAGAGCCGGUUUCGCAGUUUGUCUUGGGAACAGUACGAUCCGGUUCACCAAAAGUACUUGGAAAUCG